AUAGAAGAAGCAUUAUGUCUGCAAUUUAGUUGUAUUUUUCAUUUUGAUGAUAAACAAAAACAAACCGUGAUUAAACAAAAAUUUGAAAGAAUAUUCAAGAAUAAAUUUAAAAAUUACAGAGAACACGUCAAGAGAAGUUUUAUUAAAGAGAAAUAGCAACAAACAGUUUUGUGUUUUUGCAUUACAAAAAGAGUAAAUAUUAUUGCGUAUUUGCACACAGUCAUCUAUAAUUUCAUAUAAAAACAACGAACAAAUACGAAUUGUAUUACAGUUUUGCAAUAAAAGUUCAACAAAAAACACACAGAAAUUAUAUUCUAUUAAAAUAGCAGCAGCUGUGCAGUGUUGUAAGAAGUUAAAAAAAAAAGAAAAAAAAAACAAUCAGACAUUUUGUGUAAAGUGCUAAAAGAAAAAUCCAUCGUAAAACGAAAAUUUUUUACAAAUUUAUAGAAAAUUUUGAGAAAUUUUUAAUUAUAAACAAGUAUUUUGCUUAAAUAAAUACAAAAAGCUAAGAAAAGAACUUUAAAUAUGGAUCAACAAUUCCUUAAGAUUACCUAUCAUUCGGGUGCCAAGAAAAUGAAUGCCUAUUUAAAAAUGCCUUCACCCACUUAUCAUGUCCUGAAGAAGGAAAUCGAAAUGUGUUUGUUUGUGGAACGCAAACAGCCACGUUGUGAAAUUCGUACCUAUUGGAUAGAUGAGGAUCAGGAUGAAAUUGAAAUUGUUAAUCAAUGUGAUUAUGAAAUUUUCAUGGCAAAACGUUCCAUACGACAACAUUUGCAAGUCGCUCCUGUUGGUAUGGAGACAGAGGAUCAACCCAAAAUUGAUGCAACUGUAACUGAUGGCGCCACUAAAGCACCCCUAAACUCGACUAAGUCAUCAUCGGCUUCGCAACAAGCUAAGGUACCACCAGCUGCUGGUUCUUAUGAUUUUGCUGUACACGAGCAUGUUGAAUGUGAUGCUUGUCUUAUGGCUCCUAUUAUGGGUUUCCGUUACAAGUGUAUCCAAUGUCCUAACUAUGAUUUAUGUCAAAAUUGCGAAUCGAAACAUAUACACUCGGAACAUAUGAUGGUACGCAUGCCCACUAACAAUUGCCCUAAUGUUAUUGAGGCCUAUGUUACCGGUCGUACCUCACGUAGACAUGGCAAACGUUCGAAAACUUCAUGUCCAUUUGUUAAAAAUGGUAUAUCAGUUGUAUUAGAUGAUGAAGGAACUGAAACACCAAAUGGCGCUAGCGCUGAAGAUAAUGAAAAAUCCUCAGCCUCACCUAAUGGUAAUGGCAAAGAACAACGUCAUCAUGGUCGUAAACAUCAUCGUCGUCAUCAUCGUAAUAAUUUCUUUUCACAUUUAUAUGAAAUGAUGCAUGAUUUGGCUGAGGGUGGUGGUGCUGCUGCAGCAGCUCAUGCCAUGGGUGAAUCGCAGACAUCUACUAAGUCUACAUCUUCUACAACAACAGGUCCACAAACGACCUCUACCACUACUACUACUACAUCAUCGAAUACUGCAAACUAAUCCGCCGCUGCUGCUGCCGCACAUUUGGCAGCUCAACAAGCUCAUGAAACUGCUAUUAAAGCAGCUGAAAUUGCGGCUAAAGUUGCUCAUGAAUCUGCUGCACAAGCAGCCAAAAAUAUUACUGAAAAUAUGGCAGCUGCAGGUCAAACAGCCAGUGCUGCUGCUGCCACAAUGACUGCAACUCCUUCAGCAUCAGCAGAGGGUGGUGAGAAAGCCAAGGAAACAACUAAAGAAAAGGUUGAUGCCACUACAUCAUCGAACGAUGCUGAAGCACAACCCAAUGUGGUACCCGUUUUGCCAUCUCCCUCAUUGGAAAAAUUGGCACAAUUCCUUGAUCCCCAGUACAUGAAAACUGGUAUACAAAUUUUAAAUAACUUUAGCGAUAUGUUUGCUAAAAUGUUAGAUCCCAUGGAUAAUAUUGAUGGUGAUAAUCAGAUUUAUCCAAAUUUACGCAAGAACUCUACGACAUCAUCAACAAAAUCUUCAGUCUCCUCAAACCUUAAUAGUUUGGGUAGUGACAAGAAGAACGCAAGUGAAAAAUUCAUCGAAAAGGAACAGCAGCAACAAGCUAAGGAUACGAACAAACAAACCGAAAGUGAUGUUUCAUCACAUGUGGAAAUUGAUGAUUUGGGCAGUGAUAGUGAAAAUGAUAGUGUUUCUGAGUCUUUUAUUAAGUUGGAUGCACCCAAAGAAACCAAUGUCGCCACAAUACCAUCUAAUUCUCCUUCUGAUAAAACAACUUCUGCAGCUAACUCAGCUCAGACUACACCACCACAAUCGUUGGAUAAAUCAAAGGUUAUGGAUUUUGCUCAAUUAAGUGCUGACUUAAAAGCCCAUAUUGCUCAAGAAGCAGCCAAGGAAUCGGAAACCCCUAAGGAAACUGCAAAUACUACAGAUUCAGCUGUUAAUACAAAUACUAUAACUUCUACUACUACUGCUAGCGAACCAGUAGUUACUACAACUACUUCCACUUCUACAACCGCUGCAACCAAUACCGCUACACCCAAUAAACCCGAGGAAAAGCGUGCUGUACCCGUUUAUCAUACCGAUCAACGUAUUAACAACGCUGUCCAUGCUAUGAUGUCUAUGGGUUUCAGUAAUGAGGGCGCCUGGUUAACACAAUUAUUGGAAAGUGUUAAUGGCAAUAUACCCGAAGCUUUAGACCUUAUGUCUGUGGCCCAACGUAGUGGUAGCCGUUAAAAUAUUGAAUAUUUUCUUUAUUUUGUAUCUCUAUCUUUUUUUAUUAAUAUUAAGCUGGAGUGGUUUUCCCAAACUCUCUAAUAUUUCAAAGAAUUAUAAAUUUGUAGUAACACUUUUUGUUUUUCUUAUGUGGGUCCUUAGGGAACCUUAUUUCUUUAUGUGUAUUUUUUGUUUUAUUUUUCAAUUAUUCACUCUUUUAUAUAUCUAAUUAGUUUGUAGUUUAAUAUGAUUCAUAUAUAAUCAUUCAAAUAUAUUUAUGUCGAUAUAAAUGUGUUAACACAUAAUAUUAACUACAGUGACUGUGGAAAACUUAGGUUUCCAGGUUCACUAAUACAAUAAACGCAUAUUAAUCAACAAAA